GUUGCCGCAGCAGUGGCGCCGUAUUUUCACGCCGUCCCUCGCGUACACCGUGACGACGCCAGCAGCUGAACGUCAGUUUCCGCUCCGUACUUCACCAUGAUGUCCGCUCGCACUGGGCUUGGUUCUGUUACGAGGAGAGUAGCAUUUGCUCCAGUAAUUGGGAGAAACUCCAUUGCUUUGCGUACCGUAAUUCCCAAGCGUGGUGUACAGAUACAAUCCCUGUCUCCAUCAGCUUCGGAAGAGAUUCUGAAUGCUCAGCGUCUUAAACGUCCUUCCAGUCCUCAUUUCACAAUCUACCAGCCUCAGCUGACAUGGCUUAGCUCAAUUGCAAAUCGUGCAACUGGCGGUGCACUCAGUGCGCUCUUAUACGGCUUCUCGCUGGCAUACCUCAUUGCUCCAGGCACUUUCGACAGCGCACACAUCAUCGAGUUCGUUGCUGGGCUUCCAGACUACGUGAAGUACACCGGGAAGGUUAUUCUGGCUGCGCCUUUCACUUUCCACUUCUGGAAUGGUUUACGACACUUGAGCUGGGACAUGGGUAAAUUUUUGAGUCUCACGGGAGCAUACAGGGCUGGGUAUGCCGUUUUAGGUGCCACGGCUGUAUCUACGGUCGCAUUGGUUUUGAUGUAAAAGUAUGUGGAAGGCCGCUCGAAUUCGUGUCUUGGUCACAUGUAUUUGCUCCAUUGAGUCAUGUUCUGGAUGGUAGCCUUUCAUGAGAUUAGAGGUUUAGGCCUGACCAGUGUCGUGGAGGGCGCUGAGCCUGGAGAUUGCCCCGUAGUUGACAUUCUUGAUGGUAUGCCGUACCUGAUUGCUCAUCUAUGUCCCAUUUCAUUCGUUCGUAGUAUUCAAGAACCGCUGGUAUCCUUAUGA